AUGUACAACACUAGUACCGAUAUUUGGGCUGCCGGUGCAUUUGCGGCAGUGGUAGUUGAUUUUAUCGUCUACCCUUUCGACACUCUCAAGACCCGGGUCCAAUCCCCAAAUUAUGAGAAAGUCUUCAAAGAUGCACGCACCGGAGCAGUUCAACGCAAUGUACUCUUCCGAGGAUUAUAUCAAGGUGUCUGGAGUGUGGUUUUCUCAACAAUUCCAGCCUCCGGUGCAUUCUUUACCACAUACGAAGCCGUGAAGAACAUUAUGUACAAUUCCUCAGCUCAGCACCCAACGGGCAUGGCAACUGGCAAGCCUAUCGCCCCCGAGGGCUCUCUGAACAGUCUCCGCUUGCCCUUCACACAUUCCCUCCCCACUCCUAUUAUGCAUGGAAUUGCCUCUUCAACCGGGGAGAUGGUCUCAUGUCUCAUGAUCACGCCGGCAGAGGUACUUAAACAAAAUGCGCAGAUGAUUCAAGGUCAAAAGACAAACAAAUCAGCGAUGCGACAAGUACUUAUGAGAUUUCGACGUCAUCCUUGGCGUCUAUGGAGUGGGUAUUCUGCACUCGUUAGUCGAAACCUCCCAACAACAGCUUUACAAUUUCCGCUCUUUGAGUAUGUGCGAUCACGCCUGAUUACCCGACGGAGACAACGGAAAGCGAGUCUCAGCAACACCCACCGACCGCCAUCAGAACAGUCAGAACAACUAGUCGAACGGGCCGGCUUGACGGGUAUAGCUGCAGCAUGUUCGGGGACGGUCGCUGCGACGGUAACUACUCCAAUUGAUGUGAUCAAGACCCGUAUGAUGCUUUCGGCAAGUGAUUCUGCUGGUUCACAAGAUCGAAAUAGCCGUGCUCGUGGCAGUGAAGUGAUGUCUUCGGAGCGAACAAAGACUAAGUCUACUAAAUCUCUCAUUUCUGUCGGUCGUGAUAUCAUCCGCUAUGAGGGCAUACAUGGCUUGUUUAAGGGCGGACUGAUACGAGCUGGUUGGACGGCGAUUGCAUUGGGCUUGUAUCUAAGCCUGUAUGAAGGAGGCCGGUUUUAUUUGGAGAAUCGGCGCAUGAAGCGGGAUCGAAUUAAUGGAAAAUUCGGAAAGCAAACUGACGGAGGUGAAGUAAUCUAG